AUGGUGAAGCAUACGUUAUCACAUCAUUGUGUUAAUGACAUUUGUCACUGUGACUUUCGACUUUCCAUCUAUUUUUGUAUCGAAGAAGAACCACUUUAUUAUAUUAUUUUAGUAGCUUUAUUUUGGUCACUUAUUAACUCCUCUAUUGGUAUUGGAAUACUCAUUCAUCGAUUAUGGUUUCAACCACAAACAGUAUUUGAAAAGAAAACUUGUUCAAGAGUAUGGGUAUUUGAUUUUAUUAUAUUAUUAACAGAUGCUUUUCCACUUUGUGAUGCCAUUCGAUCUUGUUUAUUUGAUAUUCCUCUUCAAAUAACUACUGAUACUUGUUCUCUUUAUACUCUUUCAUUAUUACAACGAUUUUCUCAAACAGAAUUUGGAAAUCAAAUUGGAAAAGGAAAAAUUCGUUGGUUAUGUCCUAUGAUGAAUCUGAUAUGGAUGGAACAUUUCUGUGGUUUGAUACUCUUCUUAUUUCCUUUGGUGGUAAACAAUAUCUCUAGUUUAACAAUUGGUAUUCUUUCUGAUUUAGAAUAUACUGUUAUGGCAGAUAUCAUGACAAGAAUUCAUUUUGGUAUAUGGAGUCUCAUUAUUUGUAUUCUUUGGCUUGUUAUUACCUAUAUUUUAUAUCGUUUGGAUCAACUUUAUCCACCUACUCUCAGUGUCCAUUCUCCACAUUCUAUUCAGGUAUCUUUUUAUAGAAAUAAGAUCUUUUUAACCAUGAUCCAUUAUUGUUCUGGUUUUUUUGUUAUCUUUUUCUUUCUUUAUGCUUUAUUUCGUACCAAUAUACUUGAAAACUCUCCUGUUCUGUUAUUAUACUGUGUUUGUUGGAUUUAUUUACCAUUGGUGACUCAAAUGGCUCUUCAAUUCACCUUUCUUGUUCAUCCUCAAUCAAUAUUAUUAUCUAUGCUUAAAUUCAAAGAAAUGGAAGAUCCUACGAAACAACAAAGACAAGAUAUAGAAACGGAACAUACAUUUACCAGUAGUAUCUCAUCUUCUAUUGAACCACCAUCCAUUUUAUUAAACUUUGAUAUGGAUCAUACCCCAUCAACAAAUAACAAUCAUAAUUUAGAAUAG